GUAAGGCAAUAAAGGUAAGGUAGGGAGGUAGUCAUCGUAAUCGCCAUACCCCAUCCCCAUCCAUCCCCAUAUCCUACCCCGGUAUCUACCACCCAACCUUCCCACCCAAGUAAAUGUACAUGUACAUGCCCACUGCUUUAUUAUUAGUCCGAGUUCCCAUCUGCAAGUGGCACAGCACACCACCGCCGAUCUUUAGACCAAAUGAAAGGGGGCGAAACACGGAAACACCAGGAGGCGCCGCAUACGUCAUGCUUCGGAAUUGCUUUCCAGGUGCUUUUGUUUUUUCUUUUCUUUCUCUUUCUCUUUCUCUUUCUCUUUCUCUUUCUCUUCCUUGCGAAUGGAUAAGGUGGGUACUUACUUAUGGGGGACUUUUGCGGAGGGAUAUCUUCCUACACUGGGUAUUUGUGGGGUGUCUAUCUAUGCCCUAGGUCGUACUUACUAUGGAGUACUGGAAGGGAUACCUGGUAGCUUAGCUACGGAGUAUGGACAUGGAUACAGGUACAUGGACAGAUGAGGCGAUAGGCAUA